ACAGCAGUAGAGACAUUGCCCAGGUUUGGCCAAUAAAGUAAUGCAAGACUGCAGGCUGCAAGAGAAGUUCCUGCAGUUUCACCUUCUUAAGAGCUCUCCAAGCCCGAGGUGAGAAAAAAUUUGCUCCUGAGUCUCUUCAGGUUCAAAUGAGUUUCACCAAGUUCUGAGGCUCUAAUCUGCUUGGAGAUGUUUUUCUUCCUUGCCAGUCAUGACAUGACUUCUCCAACUCAAACCAAACUUAAACAUCAGCUAAAGACUGAGAAAAGCCAGGGACAUCUUGACGUGUGGGUGGGAUCUUUUUCCCCCCCUCCCUUUUCUGCAAGGUUAUUUCAUCUGCUCCAGUGACUUGCCAGAGAUCAAUCUCUCUCAGCCACGCUGCCGGCAGGCACUCAGCCCUGGUUUGAAUUCAGCUUGCUUGGGUUACUGCUCUCACCCCACUGGGCAGCAGGCAGGAAUGAAAGCAGUGCCAGGUGAGCAGACGCUGGCUGAGAGCCCGGUGAUGGGGGGGAGCACAGAACAGAUGGCACACCUGGAAGGAGUGAGGCAGAGGAACCGAGUUGUCACGCCCUGCCAGAAAGGCAACAUCUAUCCUAAAAGCCCUAGAAAGAGUUCAGCCCCGGGAAAAGGCACACUGACGGCCCUCUGCAGUCGUGUUCGGAUGAACCUGAUCCCCCGUCCCCGGGGACAGUGGGCAAGGAGGAGCAGCGCUGCUUGCCGCAGACACACCACUACGGAUCCUGUGCCCCUGCAGAGCGGACUGCUUGCCCCCUUCGCCCGGGCACGGCAGGGGGAGAGCGGCGCCAACUUUCGCGCCUCGCUCCCCACUCUGCACAGCAGUCCCCGCGGCGGCCAGCAGAGGGCGCCCGCAGCACGCCAACGCCGCAGGGCCGCGCGUGCAGCCCCGCCCGGCCAGGCCGCACCCAGCGCCGCCUCCUUGUCUGCCCCCGCCUGAGUGCGGCGGCAUUAAGCUCUGUUACGCCCCAGCGGGACGGCGUGUUUGUGCUCCGGCCGUCGGUUCUGCUGCUGCGCUGACGUCGGGAACCGGCUGUGGAGCGGCGGCGGCUUGGGGGAUUCGGCGGGUGGUACCUGCCGCUGUAGCUGGGGAGGAGCGCAAUCGGUCCUAUCCCUCCUCGCCUUCGUCGGGCCAGCGCCUUCCCUCCGCGCUCCCUCUGCCACCCUGCCGGCGACCGCACAGCCCUUACGCGCCUUUUUGUUCCCUGCCUUCCAGCGGCCUGCUGUAAGGUGCUGCCUUGCUGGGCUCUGCGCACUACCCUGAGCCCGAGGACUUGCGGAGAAGGUGCUUAGUCUCCCUGUCCCCACCUAUUGUGCGGUUGGGAAGUUGUCAGCACGCUCAUCAAGCCGCUACCCUCUGCCCACAGGAGAGCCACCAUCUCCUGAGGGAGGCGUGCUGCUGCGCUCGGGAUGAUGAUCACUGGCGGAGCAGAUGUGGUUAGGCAGGCAUAGCGAGCAGCUUGCUAAUUAAAGGUCUGCUGAAAAACAAAGCAAAUAUGCCAGUUUGCCACCAGAACCGCUGAGCCCGGAAAAUGAGCAGUUACACAUGAUGGUGCAAGUGGCACGGGGCUGCCGACCGUCCGCGUCCCGGGGCCCGCAGUGUGUACCUGCUCUGCGCUGCUGUGGGCUGGUGCAGCGUUCUCCUGCCUUAUCUUGUCAUCCCUAUCACGUUCCUACAGAACAAACCAUGGGAUGUCUGCAUGCGGAUUUAUGUGAAACGGGCUAAAAGACGUAACUCCUUUGUUUGCUGGUUUGGUCAGCUUUUUGGAGGCACCCCUGUGAAUUCAUAAGGCACUACUGGUGCAGCCUGGCUACCUUGGGGGGCCGUUGCUCGUGGCAGCUUUAGAUUAAAGCUUUCUUAACCACACCAGGAAUGGCUGUUCCACUCAAAGGAUGAUAACCUAGUGAAAUUAAAACACAGCAAAGCAUCUUACACAUCUUUAUUGCCAGCAGAAUAUUUGUGAAAGCAGAAAGGCACUGGGAGAUUCCUUGCUCAGGGAUGCCAUGGGCUGAUGCUUGCUUACAACUGUUUCAGCCCAGGUACAUUAGGGAUGCUGGAAGGAUGUAUUUUUAUGGAAGUAACAAUAGGAGGUUGUAAAGGUGGAUGCAAACCCCCUGCGCGUUCUGCCCUUUCAAUUGUAUCAACCCAUCCAUGUUAUGACCCUAUCAGGGGAUCUGACACUUAGCUUUUUAUGGCAUUAAUUUCUGAGAAAACUGGCAACUUCUGAGGAAGAUUUAUUACAGAUGACUAUGCUAUCUGCAGGAUUUGAAGUAAGAAAGAAAAAAAAAAAAAAACACGUUAAAAAUGUAACCAGAUACACCUGACCUUCAAAAAGAAAGAAUAAUUAGAAGGGAAGGAUUAAUAGGGACACAAGUAGUAGCAUUUCAUUGUUAGAUCAAUUUAUUCUGCCCUUGACUACAAGUUAAAUGAAUACACGUUAAAUUUCAACAUAGAAGAGUGAUGCCAGUGCCUGUCAUAACACACAGCUUCCUUUUCUUUCCUAGUAUUUAGAGAGGACUGCGAACACGUGUGAAAUCAUGUUCAUUAAAGCUGUGAACAGAGGCAACUAACCAGUGACCACGGUGGAAGCAACAAGGUUCCCCUCUGCCCGUCCGCCCGCCCUUUCAAGAAGCGGGGGGAAAUCACAGACGUCAAUCAAGACAUGCUGCAAAAUAAAAUGGACCCUCCUGGCCGCCGAGGCGGCGUGAAGACCCGUGGGGAAGCGCUGGAAGCUUGCUCGCAGCCACUGGCCCUGCAGCUCCGCCACUGACCGAGGAGCACACAGGGCUCCGCAGCCUAGGUCUUGUCUUCCCUUCCUUUGCAGAACUGUCGGGCCCAAGUGGGCAGGAGGAUAUUGGCUGCGAGGGACGCGGAGGCUCCUCCCAGAGCCUGGAUUCCAAUAUUUUUGGAGGAUUUCUUUUAACUCAGUUACAAACCUUGGAGAAGGAAACAAGUUGCCGCUGUAGCGGAGGCGGAAAGCACCUCUGCUAAGGGCGAGUGCGGCGCCCGCUCUCUCUUUCACCUCCCUGAAGCUACCUUGGAUGCUUUGCUCCCGUGGCGGAGGAGAACGAGCUGUGCUGCCUACCGGGGGAAUGCUCCCGCGCUGGAUGUUGCCGGUUUUGUGAAAACAAGGGUUGCAAGGGGAUGAGAGGGAAGAUAAUGAGGAAAAACCGACCGGGAGGAAGCCCCAGCCCCAAACGUGUUCCUGAGAACUGACGGCGUUUUAAGGCUGAGCGAUCCCGUCGGCGGCAGCGGAGGGAGCAACCUGCCCGUUCCACUGCGGACUUCCCGGGACUGGCUAUUCCCUUCGGAUGUGGACUGGGAAACCUGUAGGAAAUUCUCCCGCCGCGCUGCGAAGCCACCAUGAAUUCAGUGGCUGGAAAUAAGGAGAGGGUCACGGUGACGGCGCGGAGCAGAAAAUACGGGGUGACCGACCCCUGCUCCCCUACCAAGCCCGCCGCUCCCUUCUCCCCCGAGAGCUGGUACCGGAAGGCGUACGAGGAGUCCCGAGCGGGGGGUCGCCCGGCCCCAGAAGGAGCCGGCUCUGCCCUGGGCUCCUCUGGCACCCCGUCCCCGGGCUCCGGCACCUCUUCGCCGGGUUCCUUCACCGGCUCGCCGGGACCUGCGUCGCCCGGUAUUGGCACCAGUUCCCCUGGCUCCCUGGGCGGCUCGCCGGGCUUCGGCACCGGUUCGCCGGGCUCCGGCAGCGGCGGCGGCUCCUCGCCGGGCUCUGACCGCGGCGCUUGGUGCGAGCACUGCAACGCCCGCCUGGCGGAGCUGAAGAGGCAGGCGCUGAAGCUCCUCAUCCCCGGGCCCGUCGUCAGCAAGGACCCAGGUUUCUCUUUGAUUCAUGACAAGCUCCAAGUUCCUAAUACCAUUCGUAAAGCAUGGAAUGAGAAGGACAACAGAUGUGAUGUUUGUGCCACACACCUGAACCAGUUAAAGCAAGAGGCCAUUCAGAUGGUGCUGACCUUGGAGCAAGCUGCCAACUCGGAACAUUAUGAUGUCUCACCUGGCUCUCCUCCACCUCUCUCCAACAUCCCCACGUUAGUAAGUCCCCGGCACAUGGGCAGCCUUCAGCCCAGGGACUGGACAUACAUGCCUGCUCCUUAUGCUACAUCUAACUAUACAGGCUUUGUUGCAAACAAACACAGUGGAAAACCUAACAGUCUAGGAAUUGUCAAUGGGGUGGAGAAGAAAAAUGGCUCUCCUGGACACCAAGCCAAGGUCAGCUUUCAAAUGGCCACCAGCCCCAGCAACGGUAAUGUUCUCAACUCCAUGGCAAUCCAGGCUCAUCAGUACCUUGAUGGCACUUGGUCUUUGUCCAGAACAAAUGGAGUCACUUUGUAUCCCUACCAAAUAUCUCAGCUUAUGACAGAGACUGGUCGAGAGGGCCUGACUGAAGCAGCCCUGAACCGCUACAAUGCAGAUAAACCCUCCUUGUACAGCUUCCCUGCUUCCCAGAGCACAUAUGUUGCCAAUGAAGUAUCCACAGGCACCUCGGUGGCAGCAUCAUUUUUUGCCAGAGCUGCUCAGAAAUUGAAUCUGUCUUCCAAAAAGAAGAAGCACAGGCCUUCUGCAUCAUCUGUUCCUGAAUCUACUCCUUUCUCUACCAGCUUCAGCAAUAUUCUUCAGACUUCCCCACCCCCUGCACCACCAUGUUUGUUGAGAGCAGUCAGCAAAGUGAAAGACACUCCUGGUUUGGGCAAGGUCAAGGUCAUGGUGCGUAUUUCUUCCACGCUGUCCAGAGAGACGUCUGAGUCUAGCUCUUUCUUGAAAGUCGACCCUCGUAAAAAGCAGAUCACACUGUAUGACCCUUUGGCCUGUGGAGGUCAGAAUGCUUUCCCAAAAAGGAGCAACCAGGUUCCACCGAAGAUGUUUGCUUUUGAUGCAGUUUUCCCCCAAGAUGCAUCACAGGCUGAAGUAUGUGCUGGAACUGUGGCUGAAGUGAUCCAGUCUGUGGUUAAUGGGGCAGAUGGAUGUGUGUUCUGCUUUGGCCAUGCCAAACUUGGAAAGUCAUACACCAUGAUCGGGAAGGAUGACUCCAUGCAAAACCUCGGCAUAAUCCCUUGUGCCAUCUCCUGGCUCUUCAAGCUGAUUAACGAACGCAAAGAGAAGACAGGAGCCCGCUUCUCAGUCCGAAUUUCUGCUGUGGAAGUGUGGGGGAAAGAAGAAAAUUUGAGAGAUCUGUUGUCAGAAGUGGCUACAGGCAGCCUGCAAGAUGGCCAGUCCCCAGGUGUCUACCUUUGUGAAGAUCCCAUUUGUGGCAUGCAGCUUCAGAAUCAGAGCGAGCUCCGUGCCCCCACAGCAGAGAAGGCUGCCUUCUUCCUUGAUGCUGCCAUAGCUUCGCGUCACAGCAGCCAGCGGGACUGCGACGAGGAGGAUCACCGCAACUCCCACAUGCUCUUCACUCUGCACAUCUACCAGUACCGCAUGGAGAAGAGUGGCAAAGGCGGAAUGUCUGGAGGUCGCAGCCGCUUGCACCUUAUCGACUUGGGGAGCUGCGUGAAGGCACUCAGCAAAAACCGAGAGGGAAGCCCUGGCCUCUGUCUCUCGCUGUCAGCGCUGGGUAAUGUCAUCCUUGCCCUCGUCAAUGGAAGCAAACACAUUCCGUACAAAGACAGCAAGCUCACCAUGUUGCUUCGGGAGUCCUUGGGGAACAUGAACUGCCGCACCACGAUGAUAGCUCACAUUUCAGCCGCCGCGGGGAACUACACUGAGACACUGUCCACCAUCCAGAUUGCAUCAAGGGUGCUCAGGAUGAAGAAAAAGAAAACAAAGUAUACAUCAAGUUCUUCUGGAGGAGAGAGCUCUUGUGAGGAGGGCAGGAUGCGGAGGCCAACCCAGCUGAGGCCUUUCCAUUCUAGAAACACUGUUGACCCAGACUUCCCUAUUUUGCAUUUAUCAAGUGACCCUGAUUAUUCAUCCAGCAGUGAGCAGUCGUGUGACACGGUGAUUUAUGUCGGCCCUAAUGGCACUGCCCUUUCUGAUAAAGAGCUGACAGAUAAUGAGGGUCCGCCUGACUUCGUUCCCAUAGUUCCUGCUCUGCAAAAGACCAAAAAUGAGGGCAGAUUGGAGGAAGUUAAUGAAUCAGGAUCCAGCACAUCUGAACGAGACUGCCUCAAGUGCAACACCUUUGCAGAGCUCCAGGAGAGGCUGGACUGCAUAGAUGGCAGUGAAGAGACCGACAAAUUUCUUUUUGAAGAGAUGCCUGUUCAGUUUAGCUCAGACCAGAUGUCUAAGUGCUCUGUCUCAAGCCAGCUGGCAGAGCUUAGUCACUUACCAGAGUCAGAUAAGGAAGGUACAAUGCCAGAAUGUCAGUAUCCUGAUAGAGAAGCCAAAGAAAAUACAAAUGCAACACCCAGCAAAACUAAGAUAAAUCACUCCCCUGUUCCUUCUGGAGCUGUUAGUAAUGUUUCAACUCCGUCUUCACCCAGGAGUGUAACAGGCAGCUGUAGUAAAGAGCUUAGCUCGUGUCAGUUAGCACACAGCACCAGCCUGCAGAGCAGCAGAGAAGGUCUCAACACCUGUGGAUUUGUGGAAGGCAAACCUCGGCCAAUGGGUUCACCCAGGCUUGGCAUUGCAAGCCUCUCAAAGACAUCUGAGUACAAACCACCGACUUCUCCUUCCCAGAGAUGCAAGGUCUAUACACAGAAAGGAGUUCUGCCUAGCUCCACUCCUCCACCAGCUUCCCUUAGUAAGGAUAAUGGGAUGACAUCUAGUGAGUCUUUAUUGCAGCCGGAGAUCCGGACUCCACCUGUAGGCAUGAGCCCCCAGAUCAUGAAGAAGUCAGUGUCCUCCAGCAAUGAGGAUUCUGAAGAGACCAUUCUCGAUGAAGAUCAGCAACAAAGCAUUUCUCCAGAACCCAAGAAGGAGAUUCUGAGCACCACCAUGGUGACUGUCCAACAGCCAUUAGAGCUGAAUGGAGAGGAUGAGCUGGUAUUCACCCUUGUAGAAGAGUUAACCAUUAGUGGGGUUCUUGACAAUGGGCGUCCAACCAGUAUAAUCAGUUUUAAUAGUGACUGCUCUGUGCAGGCUUUGGCCUCUGGGUCAAGGCCAGUCAGUAUUAUCAGUAGCAUAUCUGAAGAUCUUGAAUGUUACUCCAGUGCAGCUCCUGUGUCUGAAGUCAGCAUCACACAGUUCCUUCCACUUCCAAAAUUGGGCCUGAACGACAGAUCCCAAGAUGACGGCAGCAGGCGCUCGUCAAUCAGCUCAUGGCUGAGCGAAAUGAGCACAGGGAGUGAUGGUGAACAGUCAUGCCACAGCUUCAUAGCCCAGGCAUGCUAUGGGCACGGGGAAGCAAUGGCAGAACCCCCUGUCUCUGAGUUUGCAAGCACCAUGCAAAGUGCCAGCAUGAUUUGCGUAAGUGACAAACAGAAGCCAGUGACUGACAACAUGCUUAUACUGUCAGAAAUGGGGGAGGAAGCUUUUAGCAAAGGGCCACCCAUCAAAGGCUGUAAAAUAUCAGCUCUAGGGAAAACUACUGUCACGAUCAAGAACACUGCAAGCCUCAGCAGCUAUGAAGGCUACAUCCCAAUGAAGACAAAUAUUAUGGUGUAUCCAUGUAUCGCUGUUAAUCCCUUCAAAGCACAAGAGACUGAUGAUGCUGUACUUGCAGUAACUGCCAACUCAAAGGUUGCUCAUCCCCACGACAGGAAAGAAUCCAGUGCUAAGAAGGAUAUACAAUUUGAAGACCCUUGGCUGAAGAGAGAAGAAGAUGUAAAAAAGGAUGGCUCUGGUAGCAGUGAUGGGCUGAGGUCUAACAUAGCUACAGUUUCAGCCAAGCCUGAGCACAGCACAAAGCAGCCCGCAGCAGACAGGCUUAGCAGCAGCAGCACUGGGGAUGCCCCUGUCUCCCCAGGCUCUGACAGUCUAAAAAGAGUUGUGGAUGGGUGUGAGGUUUCAGUGUCUGGCUCUGUAACCCAAAGCACUGCUCAUUCCAGUGAUAGCUUGAACAGUAACAGCCUCUCUCAAGGGCUUCCAAAGGCAAGCAAACUGGAGGAGCCUGACGGUCAUCUCCAUCCUGUUGCUGCAGACAGCACUGGAGUCAGCUCUCCUACCCUCCCCCAGUUUUCUAAGGCUAGCCUUGACAAGAAAGUGGCCUCUCCCAAACACUGUGUCCUGACUCGUCCCAAAGGGACUCCUCCUUUGCCACCAGUGAGAAAGUCAAGUUUGGAUCAGAAGAACAGAGCCAGCCCCCAGCACAGUGCAGCCAGCAGCACCACAAGCAGUCCUUCCAGUCAGCCUGGGUGCUUCCUUGCAAGCUUCCCCGAGGAUCUGAGUGCCAAACAGAAGGGGCCUAGCAUUGACACCAGUGGCAACAGCAGCAGCAGCAGCAAGCUCUUCAGUGCCAAAUUGGAGCAGCUCGCUAGCAGGACCAACUCCCUUGGGAGGUCCACAGGAAGCCACUAUGAGUGCUUGUCACUGGAAAGAGCUGAAAGCCUGUCCUCUGUGAGUUCCAGAAUGAGCCCUGGCAAAGACAGCACCAUGCCGAGGGCUGGAAGGAGCCUUAGCCGCAGUGUCAUGUCCUCUCCCACCAACUCGGGCCUCUCCCAGUCAGCAGGUACCUCUCCAAAAGCCAACCAGUCAAAGAUCUCAGCAGUCAGCAAGCUCCUGCUGGCAAGUCCCAAGGCACGCAGCCUGUCUGCCUCUGCCACUAAAACGCUCAGCUUCUCAACCAAGUCCCUGCCUCAGUCUGUAGGGCAGAGCUCCAGUUUGCCUCCGAGUGGCAAGAACAUGUCCUGGUCAACUCAGUCCCUCAGCAGAACCCGGGGCUCCAGCCUUGCUUCCAAGUUGCCCCUCCGGGCUGUCAAUGGGCGGAUUUCAGAGCUGCUCCAAGGGAGUGCCAGUGCCAGGGGCUUACAGCUGCGGGGGAGCUCGGAGGCAGAUGACCGUGGGGGCCUUCCUGGAGACGAGAAGCCAGCUGUGCACAUACUGCCUUCGCCUUACAGCAAGAUCACCCCCCCUCGGAAACCUCACCGCUGCAGCAGUGGUCAUGGGAGCGACAACAGCAGCGUGCUGAGCGGGGAGCUGCCUCCCGCCAUGGGGAAAACAGCCCUCUUCUACCACAGCGGGGGGAGCAGCGGCUACGAGAGCAUGAUGAGGGACAGCGAGGCGACGGGCAGUGCCUCUUCAGCACAGGACUCCACGAGUGAGAACAGCAGCUCUGCCAGCAGCAGGUGCCGAAGCCUCAAAAACCCAAAGAAACGAUCAAAUGCAGGUUCACAGAGGCGGAGGCUUAUUCCAGCUUUAUCCCUUGAUACAGCUUCCCCAGCAAGGAAGCCUGCCAACAGCCCUGGGGUCCGCUGGGUGGAUGGGCCCCUGCGAAGUGGGCAGAGGGGGCUGGGAGAGCCCUUCGAGAUCAAAGUCUAUGAGAUAGAUGAUGUGGAGAGGCUCCAGCGGCGCCGAGGCGGGGAUAGCAAGGAGGUGAUAUGUUUCAAUGCCAAGUUGAAAAUCCUGGAGCAUCGCCAGCAGAGAAUUGCUGAGGUCAAGGCCAAGUAUGAGUGGUUAAUGAGAGAACUGGAGGUGACAAAACAGUACCUGAUGCUGGAUCCUAACAAAUGGCUCAGUGAAUUUGAUCUAGAGCAGGUAUUCGAUCUGGAUUCUUUGGAAUACCUGGAGGCCCUGGAAUGUGUGACUGAGCGUUUGGAAAACCGUGUCAACUUCUGCAAGGCCCAUCUCAUGAUGAUCACCUGUUUUGACAUCACCUCUAGACGCCGAUGAAAGUAUGAACCUCAAGAGAAUGUCAGUGUGCAUCUCUGCCAUCCUCCGGUUCCCUU